AUGGCAACAGCAGCCUCGUCUCCCAGCAUGCAUCAGCAGCAGAGGGCGGCGGCAGUGGAUGAGCAGCAGCAGCAGCAGAGAGGAGCAGAGAGGAAAAGAGACAGAAGUGUUGAGUUUGUUUUGUUCUCUGUGUUUGUCUGCACACCUCCCCUCACCCCAGUCAGUUUUCUGGAUAAACUCCCAGAUGGAGGCGUAGUGUCGGAGGAGAGAGGGGAAGGUAGAGGAGAAGAACAGGAAGAGGAGGUGACGGAGGAGAAAGUAGUGAAGGAAGAGGAGGAUCAGCUGCCAGGAGGAGAUGGAGAGAUGGAGGAGGAGAAGAGGGUUAGUUCCCCAGUCUCACCUCCUGAUGAAGAGGAGCAAAAGGAAACAGCUGAAGAACGCCACAAAGGCACUGAAGAAAACGUCGGUCAAAGCUCCAGAGGCGUUGCUCUCUGUGGGUUACUUCCCUCUGGAGACGGGGACGUCCCUGCUGCUACCCUCUCUUCCUCUGCAGAACCAAGCACUCCUCCGGCUACACCGGCUGCCCAGGCUGGAAAAACAAGCGCUCCUCCUCUGCAGAAAGAGAAAGCAGCUGUGAAAGAAACUGCAGAAGAACCUCUGAAGGCCUCCAAGUCAGCAGGGGGCGCCAGAGCAGCCAAGAUGAUCUCGGCCAAGAGUACAGAGUCAGUGGACGGAGCCAACAGUCCAGGAAGUCGUUCUCCGGCCAGUCGAUCCUCCACUCCAAACAGAGACGUCAAGAAGGUGGCGGUGGUCCGGACCCCCCCCAGGUCUCCCGGCGCUUCCCGCGGACGGACCCCCCCCUCCCACCCCAUGCCUGACCUCAGCAACGUCAGGUCAAAGGUUGGAUCCACAGAGAACCUCAAACACACACCUGGAGGGGGCAAGGUUCAGAUUGUUAAUAAGAAGAUGAAUCUGACCAGCGUGGCAUCAAAGUGUGGCUCCAAAGACAACAUUAAACACAAACCAGGUGGAGGGAAGGUGGAGAUUAAAUCAGAGAAGGUGGAUUUUAAAACCGUUCAAUCUAAAGUUGGUUCUCUGGAGAACGUCACCCAUGUGCCGGGAGGAGGGAAAAAGAAGAUUGAGAGUCAGAAACUGAGCUUCAGAGAGAGCGCCAAAGCUCGGACGGACCACGGGGCUGACAUCAUCGUCCAGCCUGACUCCGCCCCCUCCAGCGACACCUUCUCCCCCGGAGGCCUAAACGCAGCUGAAGCCCCACCCUUUGACACGCUGGCUGACCAGGUGUCCACCUCCCUUGCCAAACAAGGCCUGUGAUUGGACCGCCCCGAGCCUGCAGAGCCCCCUCCCAUUACCAAGGAAACUGCCUGAUGGAAGAAAGAAAAAAGAUAAUUUUGUCUUUUUCCUCAUGACCUUCAUCUGACAUCACACGCACGAUUGGAGAGAUUUUAUUAAGUUACAGUCAGCCAAUCACAGCGCAGCGCGUCUACAGCCAAUCACAGCGCAGCGCGUCCACAGCCAAUCACAGUGCAGACACGUCCCUUCUGAUUGGAUAACAUCUCUGACACGCCCACCAAACCAGAGAGGGCUGCAUCAUAUUGGAAAAAACUGACAUUGCAAUGAUUGUUCUGCUUUUCGUUGGGGAGUUCAUAGAAUACUAUCAAUCCAGGCUAAUGUCAAUGACAUUAAUAAUUUAUACAUGUUGCCUGCAUGUGACGCACUAGCAACAAACUCUGUGUAUGUAAGAACACUUAAGUCAGUGUGAAUACGUUAUAUCAGACACAGACUUCUGGUGUAGAUUAGAGUUACGUUUCCAGCGUUGUGGCUCUGAACCGUAACCGUUGGGACAAACCCCUUCAUUCUUAAGGCUGACUAUAUGAGCUUUAGCCUGGCUGGUUGCAGCUUUCUGGCAACUCUGUGAUGAAACAUGGCCAGUCAGUGUCGUAAUAACGUUGCAUUAAUCAGGUGAUUUAGUUUGUCUUUGCAGUGAACAUAAACAUGGACAACUGUAGGUUCACUACCCAUGGAGAAGCAUGUGCUUCACUGUGUUACGGUACUUUUCUACACACAGAGAGCCUCACUUCCCAUAACAAACCUUGUCGGACUAACGUUACGUCACAUCCACAUGUUUCCAUGGCCACAUGUCUUAAAGAGGAUGGGUCGGCUGCUAACAAUGAUGUAAAAGGAGAACGGUGAAGGUUUACUCUUCUACCAAGCAGCGUAAAAGUUGUAGUGUUAACAUCUCACGUCCUGCAAUGUGACUAUCACACAUCGCGAUGUAGAAUUUUUUGUGCAGCCCUAAACCUAAACAUCGUGCAACCCUAACCCUAAACUAAACAUCGUGCAACCCUAACCCUAAACGAAACAUAGGUUUGACUGAGGCCUAGGACCUCUUAAAACUACCAAGAUUCAAAUUUGAGAUAAAAGAUUAACAAGGUCCUUUAUGUCAGGGGAGAGCAGUUAACACCAGUGGUAUUUAAAACAGUGAGUACAACCAGUUAGAGGGAUAACAGGUUUAUUUAAAAAGGAAUAAAACAACUAAGAGUUCCUCCUUAAAAGAAAUUAAAAGCAAGAAAGCACAACCAACUAAAAUCAAGCUAAAAUAAUGCAGCAGAACAGGAGUGGGAGGUUAAGAUGACAGUCCACGGUCUCCGCUAGUGACCACCUUCUUCUCGCCUGGCUCCUCUCCUUGGGCAAAGUCUGCAGAGGAGAACUCUGGGCCAGUCAAACGUCCUUUAAACUACCACAGCUUUAUACACUACACACUACAACAAACACCGGUCUUAAAAGAGACUUAUGCGGCAGGGAGAAGUUUCACCUUCUCCCACUGUAGCCGCUAGCGGUCGGUGUUUGCGUUUUCCUCGGUGUAUUCUCAGGCCUCCUCCAGACCGGGGACAAUGUUGUUCUCACUGGAAUCCCGGUCUGUCUGUCUCUCUGUCUGCUCCGUUCUGCCCUUUUUAUAUCUAAAAACAGUCAAUCCAUUCUCUGGUCCCCAGGUGCAAGUCCUUAAUCAUAAUUAGGUUACAUGUCUGAUGGCGGAAGUAAAACCAACGUUUAAAAACCCACACACAACAUUUCAAAAUAAAAGCAUGAAAUAACAGAAGAUAAAAACACAGCAAAUACUAAAGUAAAUCCAAAUCCAAAGUAAAAGCAUGCUUAAAUAAAAUCAACUUCCGCCCCGUGACACUAACCCUAAACUAAACAUUGUGCAUCUCUAACUCUAGCUCAGAGUUUGCUGCUCAUCGUUCAGAGGAAAAGUUCAAAUGACAUUAGAAGAAGAAACACUGAGACAGUCCUCUGUUUUCUCCAGAGUCACAUUAUCAGUUCCAUCUCUCUGUUUCCAGUACAGAUACUGCUAGCUUAGCCUAGCUUAGCUCAAAUACUGGAAACAGAAGGAAACUGCUAGCCUAACCCCACUGAAAGAGAAAAUAGACACACCUGAAGUAGUAGUUUCCCUUUGCUUCCAGUCUUUGUGCUAAGCUAGGCUAAACACAUCCUGGGCCUUUCUCCAACCUUAACCCAGGCUAGUUAGCAGUUACUGCUAACUAGCCUGGGUUAGCCUUUUAGCUUCCUGAUUAGCCUUUUAGCUUCAUAAAAUUUCUCCAAUCACAGACACUAUCUCUCUCUCUCUGAGCCAAUCAUCUUCUUUUGUUCCAUGUGGUGCCCCCCCAUCAUUACCUAAUACCCAGAAUGCAGUCUGAUACCAUGCUGUGUCUCUGUUUGCUGUCGGCAGUUAAAGUGCUUUUUCCCAAUAAAGUUUC